AUGGAGGAUCUGGAGAAACAUGAUCAGAUAGAGAACAAAGUGAGGGGGAAAAGAGAUUCAGCUUGUGAUUUAGCUUGCCAACAUAUAGACUGUAGUAAAACUUUAGAUCCUGGCAUGGACCUGAAGAACUUAGAAAAGGAACAGGGCGACAAGGAUAAGGCACCUAGUACUCCUAUUAUUAGUGGGAAAACGUCUGAAGUCAUGGAAUACUUGACUGCCAUAAGGGGUCGUUUAGGCCCUAGGUGCCCAAUUAAAUGUGAGGUGCUGGCAAGCAGACGGUUGCGAGUGCAGAGGAGGCAAGGAGCAUGGCAGGAGAACGAGAACAAAGAUUACAAAGCUCAGGUUGUAGAUAAAGAGCUGGCAACAAGGUUUACCAGAUGCAAUCGAUCAUCCUUGCAUCGUCACCGUCUACGAGAGGGGCCAGAUCUUCCUCAGGCUGCUGCACUCAAGCUCAUGCAUGCUCUCAUCGUCACCCCUAUGCCUCGUCACAUCGCCGCUUGCGCAAUCCUACCCGCCACCCCUACAGGCAGAGGAAGAAUCGAUGAGAUCGAGAAGAUACGAGGAUACGAGAAAGAGGACCAGCGGUGCGUGGUGGCUGCUCGUGAAGUUCUAGGAAUAGGGCAAGGGCUGGAUGGGCCAGUAAUUGCAGCCCAUGUCGUGGAAAUCAUGACGGGAGAGGCCAGAUGA